UGAAAAAAAACAUAUAAUUUUGCCUGAGUUAUGUAAAUGUAUUGAUAGGAUUCAUGUACAAAAGUUAUUAAACGUUUUAGAUGAGUAGAUGCUUUUAGUUGACAGUGGCUGUUUAGGUCUUUGAGUGUUAAACAUAACCCAAAGGGGCUUCAUUUGCACAAUCCUUUCUGUUUGCAUGAUUUAAUUCUCUCAUUUUAUCUCUGCAAAUAAAAUCUCAGCAUUUAAGAUUCUAUGUAACACAAUAAACAGUGUUUGUUUCCAAUAAAAUAUGGGAGCACAAUUUAAAGUUGCUGUGUUUUCCUAUUUGUACAGGAAUUACCCGAGCUCAUAUGGGUGAAACUCUGCCUUUGUGUUGCAUGUCAUAAGAAUACGGAAGUUAAAGACAUGAGGGUGACUUUGUGUGUUAAAGUUUCAAGAAAUGACACAUGUUCAUUGUAUCCAUUCCAUUCAUAACAAAGCUGUGACAUAUGACAAUAAGUCCUGUACCUUGGGAAAGUGAGGAAAUCUCAGCUUUAGACUGCUCCACCCACAAAACCCCCUUCAUAUAGUCUCACUGGCAAGUAUGUGGAGAAUGACACAACAGUUUUACUGUCUUAAUGAAUUUAUAAUAAUAAAGGUUGAGCCAACAGUGAUGUGAAUCCCCAAAGCAACCAGUAGGGCUUUGAAAGUUGGGAUGAAAAUGAAACUAGUUUGUCUACUUCAGAAGAAGAAACCUAAAAGUCAAGAUCCUUCUCUUUGGCUUUUGAAACCAUGUAAGAUGUGUGAAGUGAUGAGGGACGGGCUGUUGGAGAAGCGCAGCAGCGGACUGCUCCAGCUGUGGAAGAAGAAGCGCUGCGUCCUGACGGAGGACGGGCUGCGGCUACACAACUGCAAAGGCGGAGCAGGAGGUGCAGGAGGUGCAGGAGGAGGUGAUACUCCCUGCGCUGCGUGGAGCUCAGGAGCCAAGGAGCUGCGCUUUGAACGCAUGGCCACGGUGGACUGCGUGGAGUACAAGCGUGGGCUGGUGUACUUUACUGUGGUUAUGGCUACCGGCAAGGAAAUAGACUUUCGGUGUCCACAGGACGGCACGGCGUGGAACGCGGAGAUCGCGCUGGCUCUGGUCCGGUAUAAAAACCUCCAGGCCGUGCAGACCGGGAGGAACCGGCACCUGUCCUCAGCUCACCUGGGCAGCACCGGGGAGGAUGUGGAGCUCUGAUCCUAAAGAAUUACUGCUGCCUUGGAGCGAACCAGUGAAAGUGACGAAGGGCACAUCGUGAGAUCAACUGGAUUCUGUGGCUCAGCUGCAUGAUGGGAUACAUAGGAAACAGAAGAGACGCCAAUGGAUGAUGAUUAAUGUGGCAGACACUAUUAAUAUCUUAAGUACCUAUUUGUUCUGUUAAUAGGAAUCUUAAAUGGGAAUCUCUACCACGUUGACCUCACUGGUGGAGGUCAGUGUGGAGUACUCUGUAUUCGGUGACGGGGGCGCUGCCCGGACAGAAACUGUAGCCACCUCCUGUGCCUUUGUGUUCAUCUCUACUUGGAUACACAGACCCAUUUAACCCAUAAAGACCCAGUGGUAUUUUUCUGGUAGUUCCCAAAUGAAUUUUUCUCUCUAUUUAACCUUUCUUAAGUGAUUUAUCACCAUUUAUGAUAAUAUUAUCCU